AUGAGACAGAUUUCUGACCACACCGACUACAAAGCACUUUUUUUGAAAGUGGAGGAGGAAAGGAAACGGGCAGAGGAGGUAAUAAAACAGGCAGAGAAGGUAAGCAAACAGGCAGAGGAGGAAAAGAAACAACAAAUACAGAAACGAUUGACAGAAGAGACGAAGCACAUCCAAAAAACCACCUUUGAAGAGGCAAAAUACCCGCUCCCACUGGAAAAUAUUGUCCUUUACGACUGCGACCCUGGAAAGACUGCCGUCAGGCAACAAGAAAUCUACGUCUCUGUCCGUCGAUAUCUGCAGCCGGCAGGAAGAGAGGCACCGCGGUUUUGUGAAAAGGAUAUUGAGCAUUAUGAGCGGAUAGCUGUGGAGGACCACGUGCAUGAUAUUAUUUCAGCAUUAUGCAAGAUUCCUCAAGCCCGGGAAGAAUUUGGUCUCGGUGAUGGAGUACAGUUUGAAAAUCACGGCAAUUCACUGGAUCAGGUUGAGGAUGAAUCAGAGGCUGAUCCGUGGCGUUCCCAACCUGCUCAGUUCUGCAUCCACCGAGUCGAUGGCAAUACCAAGACCUUGCUCACCACUGUGGAGUACACACCCCCCCAUAAACUGUCCUUGGAGAAUCUUCGCUCCGGGCUCCGACCGAUUGAUUUCUAUCAUGAGAUCGUUGAAUCGAACAUCAUUCCUACCGGCGGUACGGAGAAAUUAAGAUACAAUGCCACGCGGCUUGCUGGAUCGGCUAUUGUGCAGGAAUACCAUGUGAUGAUCCAAGAAGGGCUCGAGUACUCAUAUUUGAGCACAGGGCUGGCAAAUGUGCAACUGCAUGUCCCCUUUGAUGACCCGGCCACCCUUUAUUACGACCUAGGUGAGCCUAACUUAGACGUCGAUGCGGAUACAUGGGGCUCUGGGGGGCCAAAGACAGAGAUUGAAAGAGUGUUGUGCCUCUGCUUAAUGAGUUGCGUCUCUCAAGUCCGUGGUCAGGCCUGGCGGAAUUCUGCGCGGGCACAGUUACCAACCUGGGAAACCAAUUUCAGCCACAUUCGAUCCCAGAUUCCUGCAAAUGAAUUACGACAGAAACCCCCAAGCCCCGACUACGCUAGUACCGAGCCCACUAGCUCCGAGGAGUCUCCACCUGAGUACGUGCCUUCGUCUCCGGUCGAAUCUCCUGUCGGCCAGGGCCGACAGGUGCCCACUCGAUCCCGAUUCAGCUGUGGACCUCCAAGUAUUCGCUCUGGUGAAGAUGCCUCCGACUCAGAUUCUGACCUCGCCCCCCCAGCAAGACGAAAGCGAGGCUUCAGCCUACAGCAGGGUGGAGACUUGGAUUCUCGUUGUCCCAACUUCGAGCUCCACCGGUCUGGGGCGCAUGGCCACCAACACCCGAUCAGUGCGCAAGACCUGGUGCUGAUGCUCAAACGGCAGCUUGAUCAGGACCUUGAUCAGGACUGCACUCCAAUGGGAGAAUGUGGGGCGUACGGGCCGCCGUUCAAAGUCACCUGUGCUGCAUAUGGUUACACGGUUGUUGGUAAAGGAACAACAUCGCGACUCUGGAAAGAAGUUUCACAGGAGGCUGAAAUCUACCAUGUUCUUCAGCGUGUACAGGGAUCAGCAGUUCCGGUCUUUCUUGGAAAGAUUGAUUUGGCACAGAUUUACUUCCUACAUGGUGCUGGACAGAUUCGCCACAUGCUCCUCAUGGGCUGGGGUGGAGAGAGUGUUGUCCAUACCAAGCAAGAUAAGAGUAUCCGAUCUGCCAUCUCACAGUCCAAGAGGGAAAUCCGCUCCCUUGGCGUGUUGCAUGGGGACCUUCGGCCAGAAAACAUUUUGUGGAAUACAGAGCUGAAACGGGCUCUGAUAAUUGACUUCCAUCGAUGCACUCUAUCUAAUCAACCGAAGCACAGACGAUCCCGACCUCUCAAAAGACAAUUGUGUGGGCGUGAAGAACAGGAAUCAAAACAUAUACGGUUUGUCUAAGCUGCGCCCAAAGGCCCGAAGGUUUCUCUAGAAAUUUCUUGAUUACCAACCUGAAGAGAAUAUUAGAUUACACCCUGCGAGUGGAUUUGACUCCUUUGAGGAAUUCUUAACCUCGGGACUCUUUUCUCUAGAUUUCCAUAACUUGACUUUGAUGAAAAGUGUCGUAAAGCGCAUUUUAAUUCAAUCCGUUCUUGUUUUCCUUUUUGCGAUUGGCCUCACUUUACGUUUUCCCACCCGCCUUCCAUAAUAUAUUCCUUUUAUAUUCCUUUUUUUUUUUUUUGGUUGGGUGGGGGGGGAUUCCCAAACGUACUGAUUAAUUUUCAAAGCUCGAGGCAGCAUUAUCUAGUCUUUAGUAGUCUUGGAAAUGAAAAAGGAUGAUCUCAAGUGAGAC